AUUGCAGAUCAAAUUCUAUUGCGAUGCCCCUGGUCACACCUGCCACCCUAAAAAAAAAACUUACAAAAACGGCGAUUAAUUCAGCGCUGAAAAUCACACGCUCCGCGUCUAUCCGCGUCGCAAUGCACAGUCGCAGCUUGCUGCCAGAUCCGGCUGUCUAUCAGCCGGACACCCUGGACCUGAACACAGAUGGAAAGGCUGCGGAAUACUGGUUCAACUGCUUCCGCGACAUGGUAGCCAAGUUCGCGAAGGUGGCGGCCAAGUCGCAGGAGGAGGAUCACACGGCCACCCAGAGGGCGGAGCAGUUCCAGUCGGCGUAUCUGGAGCGGCUGGAGGAGCAUCAGCGGAAUGUUCCUGUUAACAAGGGCAAGGUGGUUCUGGGCACCAGUGAGCUCCUCCAGCUAAACGAAACCCUGUUGCGCCGCUAUGGAUUUGCGGAUCCCUGGCUCAGACAAAAGAAGCUGGAGAAUGCCUCGGCUGUAGCCCGUCUGAAGCAGCGCCUCCAGGAAUUGGACGCCCUGGAGGAUGAGGACACCAGGUGGACAGAGCUGGUACGCGGUGUCCUCGCCGGCAACAUGUUUGACUGGGGCGCACAGGCCAUAUCUAAUAUCCUGGAGCAGGACAGCAAUUUUGGACUUCAUUCAGCUCUGGAUCGCAUUGAGAAGCGACCAUGGCUGCUAGACAACCUGGACAACUGGCUGAAUCGCCUCAAGGGCGAGCCCCACAAGUGCGCCGUGGUCUUUGUGGACAACAGCGGAGUGGAUGUAGUCUUGGGUGUGCUUCCCUUUGUCCGAGGACUCCUGAAACGUGGCACCAAGGUGCUGCUCUGCGCCAACAGUGAACCUGCUCUUAAUGAUGUGACCAGCGAGGAGCUAAGAUCCUUGCUGGAUGACUGCUCGCGGGAGUGUGAGGUCCUGGAGCAUGCCUGGUCAAAGGGACAACUACUGGUCUACGCAAAUGGGCAGACUGGUCCCUGUCUGGAUAUGCGCACGCUGCCCAAGGAGCUGUGCGACGCUAUCGCCGCCAAUGAGACUGACCUGCUUGUAAUCGAGGGCAUGGGACGCGCCCUGCACACAAAUCUGAAUGCCCGCUUCGGCUGCGAGACCCUCAAGCUGGCCGUGAUUAAAAACAAAUGGCUGGCCAAGUACCUGGGCGGCGAGAACAUGUUCGCCGUCGUCUGCAAGUUCGAACCGGCUGCGCCCAGCUAGUCCACGAACCACUACGUUCAUUGUUAUUCCUUGUUGACAAACAAACGAUAUCCUCGGUCCUUGUUCAGUAUGAAAUUAUUGUUAUGAUCCACAGAACUGCUACCGCUACCCAUAACCCACAGCCCACAAACCAAUCCCAUCCCUCGAUCUACCGAUGAGAUUCAUAUGUGUAUAAAUGUAAUCGUAAUGCAAGUGCUUUCGUGGUCACCUCACCCAUAUAACCGCAAAAACUUUUAAUAAUUAAAAACAAGAAUAUAUAAUAACAAAGCCUUUUGUUUAUCACUACGGCCGUUUAUUAUCGGUCAUGGUUAUAUGGACUGCAAUUUUGAUAAGCGCCGAAUGGUGUGGAUUACGCGCUGAUAAGGUCCACCGUUCGCUUCCAAUUGGCAUUUCAUCAGGGCGGAGGGCUCGCUCAGACAUUUCCCACCAUAAAAAUUGGUUAAUGUCUGCCUUAUUUACAUACAGUCUACCUUUUUUUUGCGGACUGCGGUGCGUGCUCAUUCUUACUGUUGGCUAUCUCACUUAUCUCUCGAUGUGGUCGGAAUAAAACAACAAAGUCAUCAUAAUAACUGGUUGAUAAGCGGCAGCAAACGAAGCCGAGACCAGGAAAGGCAUGACCUUAAGCUAAAUUCGAAAUAAAAUUGAUCAACAGAUCUAGGCUUGAGAAACUCGCAAUGCUAUUAUUACAAAAUAUGUCAUUAAAAGCCAAAAAUAAACGC